GAUCGUGAUCGUGAUCAUUUAUCCGUCCCUUCACCUCUCGCUCUAGCGAGCAAGACGCGACUCUGAUUUACUUUAAAAACAAAUCACCGUCGUGAUGGCAUAUAUACCCACCUGUCGUCUCGAUACCGGUUUUCCUUUCGCUCGACGGUCGCGCCGUUGUUAUUUGAUCGCCGAUUACUGACCCGACGCUUUUAAUUGCGCAGAAUUAUUGAAUCCGGGCUCCCGAGGUCUCAAGAGAAGUCGUUCCCCGGACUCCUACCAAGACGCGCCCUUGUCUGAGACUCCCGGAGAUGAUGGUGAUUCGAAACAACCUAGAAAGCGCGGCCGACCGAUGAAAUCGCGGACUUCUGGUGACUUGCCGGAACCACCGAAUCAGACACAGAUUCCUCAUCCCCAUCUCCAUCCACAUCCUGCCCCCCAAAUGUCGCAGCCUAUACCGCCGCACACUCCCCAGUCUCAGAAUGCCCCGCUACCUGGACAGCAGGCCUACACUCCGGCCCAGGCGUCGCCUCCGCCGAAGACUACACCUACCAAGACGACAUUGAAGGCGUUGCCGACUGUACGCGAUCAUACCACGGACCAGCUCGGACCCGGCGGUGACGAGUACCUGCCCCGCGAAAUCGACGAGGCUGGAGAGAAGAAAGUUAUGCCCAACGGCCAGCUUCUAGGCGGACGCGAGUACCGAUGCCGAACCUUCCUUGUUCCCAACCGCGGCGAUAAGUUAUUUAUGCUAGCUACGGAGUGUGCGAGAGUUUUAGGAUACAGAGACUCUUAUUUGCUCUUUAAUAAAAACCGAUCCCUUUUCAAGAUCAUUGCAAAUCAAGUCGAAAAGGACGAUCUGGUCACCCAGGAUAUACUUCCAUUCUCCUACAGGUCAAGGCAGAUCGCCAUAGUCACAGCCCGAUCCAUGUUUCGUCAAUUCGGAAGCAGAGUCAUAGCCAACGGACGAAGGGUACGAGAUGAUUAUUGGGAGCAGAAGGCGAGGAAACAGGGUUUUACCGAAGCUGACCUUGCCGGAGAGAAGAGACCAGGCGCGUCUAAAGCCAGAGAAGCGGCUGAAGCAAGUAAUAGUAUGGCGGCCCUUCCAGGAGCCCCCCACGGUGAGAUUGUAUAUGCGAACACUCCGCCAUUCGGCGGUGCACCGCAGCCCCUUGUUCAACCAGGUAUGAUGGGACCGCCAGGAAGCUCGACCAGAAUGCCCAUGAUAACAGUAGGACCAGAUCUGAACGAUACGAGGACUCGAGACUAUAGCAAUUUCAUUAAGGGUGGCCCUCGACAGGAGAUUACCGGCCCGGCCUACCAGGAUAGGACGCAGUCAAGUCCCAUAUCGGAAAUAAAUCAACAGGCGCACCAUGCUGCCGAGUUUAAUCGCACAGUCAACCAGCAACGCGACAUGCGGACCGACUACAUGAACAACCUGUGGCGGAGACCUCACGAGCAGCCGCCGACUACUCAGCCCGUAACGACCGAGUCAUCCCUACCUACGACGCGUCCGGGACAGUCGCCUCACGCCGCACCAGCAAGUAUGCAGACGUCCACCAUUGUACCGAACCAGAGCCCACAGAUGAUGAUGACCGCUCCUCCUUACUCCCAACCCUUACAUUCUCAGCAGCCGAUCGGCCAACCAAUGCGGGGAGUUCCUCAACCAUCUUCCCAGAAGCAGCCGAGACCUUCCAACAUCCAGCCUGGUGCUUCUGGCAACAUGUCCCAAGGAACUACUGCAUAUAACUACGGCUCUUCAAACCAGAUGUGGGGUCCUCAAACGCCCCAAACGCCUCAACAUUAUCAAGGGUAUACAACUCAGUCCCAAGCCUCGCCUCACCCUCAGCAAUCGCCAGCACCGCAACUACGCCACUCGGGAGGUCCCCCCCAGAUGCAGCCGAGUCCUAUGCAGUACCAUGGGAUGCCAGGAAUAGGACAGAGUUAUCCCAACCCGGGCCAAGGCAUGUAUCCCCCCGAGCAAACUCCUAGACAGUUUUUGCCCCAAAACCCCGGUCCUGGGCCGGCUGUCACAUCGGCAUGGAAUACUCCACAAACUUCAGCUGGCCAGACGUGGUGGGCCAACCAACCUCAGUGACGGGAUUCGGAGUUUUUGGUUUAGUAAAACCCACCACUUCUAACUUUGACGUCUCUGGGAUGGUUCUUUGAUUCAAUGGGGCUAUAAACCUGCUUGCACUAUCUGGCCUAACUCGGCAAUAGAGGAGUAGGGGACUUUUUUGGUCGCAUUUUGGGGAAGGUCUAUGAAACUUACGUCCAUUUGGACAAGAUUGGGACCUGGUAGGCUGUUUCCCCCUGCGCUUCGUUCUGCAUGAUGAAAUUACGGCCAGUCGUAUUACCAAGCUCAAUUUUUUGGACAGCAUUUUGCAUAUACACUUGAUACCACUGUGGAUUCCGUGUUUUGUUUUUUUUUUCCUGC